AUGGCUGCUGCGUCUACGCAAAAGCCCGAGACCUUCAUGCUCAGCACUGAAGCACAACAAGCGCUUCCCCAUGACGCGCAGGUAGCGCUCCAGCAGGUCGACAACCUCAAGUACUUCCUCAUCUCUGCGCCUGUCGAUUGGCAGCCAGACCAGUACAUCCGGAGGUUUCUUCUGCCAACUGGCGAGUACGUCUCUUGCGUUCUCUGGAACAACCUUUUCCACAUUUCCGGCACGGACAUUGUCCGAUGUCUUUCUUUUCGCUUCCAGGCUUUUGGUCGCCCUGUCAAGAACUCGAAGAAGUUUGAGGAGGGCAUUUUCUCAGAUUUGCGUAACCUCAAGUCUGGCACAGAUGCCUCUCUCGAGGAGCCCAAGAGUCCAUUCCUUGAUUUCCUCUACAAGAACAACUGUAUUCGCACGCAAAAGAAGCAAAAGGUGUUCUAUUGGUACAGCGUACCACACGAUCGCCUCUUCCUCGACGCUCUUGAGCGUGACCUCAAGCGCGAGAAGAUGGGCCAGGAGGCUACCACCAUGGCCGUCAGCGAGCCUGCCGUCUCUUUCCAAUACGACUCGUCUCAGUCUCUGUAUGAGCAAUUGACCAAGGCCCAGCAGGCGAACUCGUCUUCCUUCAAUGCUCAACAGGUCGCAUUCUCGCAGCCACAGAGCACAUCUCCCGUCAUGAGAGCCAUGGACUCGAUGCCGCCGCCUCAGAUGAUGCCUCAGACCAUGACCUCUAUGCCUGAGGGCAUGGACCCAAUGGUCCAACAGUACAGCAUGGCUAUGGCACCAGCUCUCCCCCAGCAGGUGCAGCAUGUCCAGCAGGUCAUCAAGAGGGAGCCCGAGUACAGCCGCAUGCAGUAUAACCAGAAUGGCGUACCAAUUACUCAUGGACAUCAGCGCCAUGCCUCGAUGCCAGCGUACGGUCUGGAGUACUCUCCCGCUCCAUCGUUUGUGUCGUCUCACUUCGAGGACUACAGCACGCGAGGCAUCUCCUUUGAACCCAUCACCCCGCCGCAACAAGCUCUCGGCAUGGGUCCUGAGCCUGCUUAUAUUGCCAAUGAGGACACUGGUCUUUACACUGCCAUCCCUGACCACAUGGGUGGUGUCCACGGUCUCAACGGGAUGAUGCAACUCCCACCCUCGAAUCUCGCCGGUCCCCAAUUCUCGCGGAGCUUCGGCGCCAACAACGUCUACUCUGUUAUUGAGGGUUCCCCCACCUACAAGCAGCGCAGACGCCGUUCUUCGAUUCCCCCCUCGAUCACAGCCAUGGCCGCCGCGAACGCACAAGCUCAAGCUGCUGGUCACAACACUCACCGGCCCUCGGAUCUCAGAAGGUCCAUCUCUGUGUCUGUUGGGCCCGUUGCCGAGGGCGACGAGAGCCAGGGCACUUCGCCGCCUGGCCUUUCCUACACUAACUCUGGCAUGUCUCUGAGCGGCCAGCAGCACAAGGAGCUUCUCGACAUGUCCAGACACGGCACUCCUCUGUCCACCGUUGAAGGCAGUCCCGCCAUGCACCACAUGGCUCUUCAGCAGCAAGAUUAUCAACUUGGUGGUGACGACUUGGGCAGUGACGGUCUGGGCGACCGACGAGGUGUCCAGGCCAAUGCCAAUGUCCUCCGUCGCGCUCGCUCGGCAACCGUGAUGGAGCUCGGUCCCUACCCCACCAAGUCGCACUCCUGCCCGAUCCCUACUUGUGGCCGCUUGUUCAAGCGUCUCGAGCAUCUUAAGCGACAUGUGAGAACCCAUACUCAGGAAAGGCCCUACAUCUGCCCUCAUUGUAGCAAAGCCUUCUCCCGGUCCGAUAACCUGGCACAGCACAAGCGCACGCAUGACCGCGCCGAUGGAGGUGAGGGAGGCCUCGUCCUGUCCGGCGAGGAGGAAGAGGAGCUAUCUGGUGAAGACCAGCUUGGCUCUCUCGAAGAGGCUUCCCCCACAUCAGAGUCCAGCUACCUUCCGUCUUCUCUCAACGGCAUCAGCAAUGGGUCCACUAUGUCCUCAACCAUGACCACCGGAGGAAUGACUCACAGCUCAGCUUUCAACAGUCUGCAGACACUCAGCAUGCCUAUGCAGAUGAGCCAGCCUGCUGGUGCCAUGAUGUAG